UGUUCUAGUAAUCUUGGGUCUUGCUUCUGAUAAAAAGACGGCAGUAAACCAUUGACAGGGAGCAGUGAAUAAAGUUGCAAUCUCUAGUGGUUGUCGUGCUUGCUGCAGCUUUUUGGCUAUUGCAAUUGUAUCCUAUCUUAGUAUUUCAAGUGAGCCAAUUGACAUUCGAAUGGCUUGGUUUGAUCAUGAUCAGACCACGAAGAUUAACAUAGCUUUGACAAUCACUGUUGUGGUAUAAUGGCAACUCCAGAUAGAGACUUAUGAGACCUAAUGGAAGUUUAGGGAGCAAAAAUAUUUAAAAUCAUUUUUGCUCAUUGGUGAUGCGCUGACCAAGUCACGUCUAAGAAAACGUUUCAUUAAUGACGGUGUUCGGCUAAAGACCUUUGACACCAAACGAUUUGGCUGUACGUAGUCUGCUCUUAGCCAUGGAUCGUCGCAGUUCUCACAGAUCUCAAAGAGCGGAAAACGGUCGCAGAAGCAGCCGAGAUAAGGAUAUUCCUGGGCCAAGCGAGUGGGAGCCCAGUCCACGUCGUCAGAAAACACGGAAUGAUUCCAAGGGAGCAGCCGGAACCUCCCGAAGGGGCUCUCGUACGGCGCCGCCCAGCCCGGAGACGGGCCGCCGGUCACAGCUGACGGCGAGGCCUCACUCUUCCGAGCGGGAAAUCCGACAGACCAGCCCCAGUCGGUCCCGACAAUUCAGUCGACAGGAGCCAGACAACGAGACUCGUGGGGAGAAGAGCCGGGACCGCGACCACUGGUCCCGAGGGGACGGACGGACAACGCACAAAACGUCCAGCAAGGAGCGGCGAGACGAUCCGGAGUUCCAGGAGCGCCAGCUCGGAGUGUACCAAAAGGCUCUGAAGGAGCAGAUUGUCCAGUCUGACCACCUCAUCAAAGCAAUCUACCGAUUCUCCGACUGCAUCGACAUGACUGAGAAGGCCAUGCGAAACCUCCACGACGUGAUGGGUGACUACUGGGAGGACGACUGGCCUGGCGCGGAGAAAUAUUACAUCACACUGCAGGACCAGGAGGAGCUCUGGGACCGCUACGAGCAGUCUAUGCGAAAACUGCUGGAUCCCAUCAGGGAAUACGAGGGACAAUUUGAAGGAGCCGAAGACAAGAUUGAAGAGUACCAAGAGGUGCGCCGCCAAUACUCUCAGGCGUGCGCGUCGCUGGAGGAGCUGCGACGUCGCCGGGCGGCCGGCCACGACAUCACGUUCGCCGAGUCGGACCGGGACCGGAUCGGACAGCGCUACGAGCAGCUGGUCUCGUUCCUGGGCGAGGGCCUGCCCUCCAUCAUCGCCAGCCGCAUUCCGUUCAUGGAGAAGCUCUUCUACCAGCUGAGCAACAACCUGCUGCAGUUUUGUCUGGAGACGUGCAAGGUGCAGUCCAAGUCGUGCGAGAUCGUAUCGAGGCUACGCAGCUACGACCUGUCGAUGACGCUGGGCGAGGGUCGCAGUCGGACCACGAUCCGCGCGCCGGCACGUCACUCGUCCGGGGGACAGAGGCGUCACUCGGCGCCCGGCGGGCACGCAGGUGAGCCUCGCUGGACGAGCCGCCGGAAGUGAGUCGCGCCACGGAGCUGGUCCGACUCGGGGACGCCGAGAUGCCCAACUCGGCGCUGCUCGAGCAGAUUCUGGAGGCGGACGGCUCGGCGCCGGGUCGGACGCCCGGAUCGGCCGGCCCACAGAGCCGUCAGACCCUGCAGCCGGUCACACAGCCGCGAAAACGCUGGGGCCUGCGCUGACCCAGCCGUCGGUACUACAUCGUGCUGAGCUUUAUUGUUACGCCUUGCCAAAUAAAAACGCAUACGUUU